AUGGUCCGGCGCCUGACGAAGGAGGAGAAGAGCCUGGUACGGCAGAUGGGAGUUCAGCUCUCUGCGCAGCAGAAGCGGCAGACUCCAAAGGCCAGAGUGUCCGACCAGUAUGAUCAGAGCCCUGGCAGGCCGCAGACACUUCCCUUGGAGUCAACGGCGCCGCGGGCAGCUGGAGGAGAUGGAAGCUCCGACAUGGGCGCCAUUUACGAGCCAGCCGCGCCGUCAACUCCAUGCAUCGUUGUGGCCACAACGCCGCCGCAUUCCUGUGACGCUACCCUAAUGCCUCGCUGUUUUCCACGCAAUCGAAGCGAUAGGAGGAUCUUGCGAAUCUUCCAAGCCAACGUAGGCAAGAUUCCGCCGGCACACGAUUGUGCCCUUGCGUUGGCCGACUCGGAACAAUACGACAUUAUCUUGUUGCAGGAGCCAUGGACAGGACUGAAAGAUGGCCGAUGCCUCACUAAGACGCAUCAGGCCUACGACACCUUCUCACCCGUCAACGACUGGGACGGCCGCGACACUCGCCCGAGAGUCAUGACAUACGUCCGGCGUUCCGCAGGUCUCGUCGCUGAUCAAAAGAGACCUGUGGCGACUCGUGACAUCCUUUGGCUCACCGUCAACGGCAUAACAGUCGUCAACUUCUAUCGGCAGCCGUACCACGACGGAGCCCUUGAAAUCUUGCUUCAGUGGACCGUACCGGACAAGUGUCUUGUUGCUGGUGAUUUCAAUGCCAAACAUCCCAGCUGGCAGGCCGGUCGACGAGAGGACCGCGGCGAAGAAAUAGCGUUUUGGGCAAUGGACAAUCGACUCGGCUUACUGAAUCCUGUCGAUGUCCCGACCAACGCACACGGCAAUACGGUUGAUCUCGCCUUCUGCAACAUACCUCUGGCCGACGCUGUUGUCGAGGAUCAUCUAGCAACCGGCUCCGAUCAUUUUACCCUUAGUAUCACGCUGCCAGGACAAGUUCUGGCACCCCCAAUAGGAAAGAUCCAUCUCAACUCCGACGAGGAAUUGAAGCGAUUCAUUGAAUUAGUGGAGGCCGGUGCCGCCUUCAUCCCGAUCACCACGGCAUCUCCUUCCGAGCUCGACAGCUUUGCGUCGGCGCUCGUGAACCUUCUUGGUUGUGCAGCCAGAGCUGCCGGUCGACCUGCCCGUAAGACUACGCAUGGUGCGCGGUGGUGGACUGAAGAAUGCGCAAAGGCGGCGGCCAAUUACCGCGCGUGGAGGAGAGUUCACUCUCUCGGCUUCGACCGAGAAGUACAGCUAGCCAAGAGGGAGCUCCAUAGCGUGGUGCGCCGGGCCAAGCGCUUUUACUGGCCUCCUCCCCUGCAAAUUGACGACCGAGUGUAUGAGACGCAGCUGGAAAAGGCCACCGCCUUGCGACAAGCCACUCUGGAACGGCGCACGGCGAACGACGACAUCCCAGAUCCGUGGAUCUCCGUGAACACAGAUAGGACGAUACCCUUCACCGACCGAGUCUCUCCGGAGGAGACCCGCGACGCCACGCUACGCACCGGGAAUAUGUCCCCUGGUCCCGACAAUAUUACGGUGCGGAUGCUCCGCGCUGUCUGGCAUGCGAUCGGAAGUCUCGUCCACCAGCUAUAUCAAGGCUGCCUCAGGAUUGGCCACCAUCCGAAGCCCUUCCGAGAAGCAGAAGUGGUCAUGAUUGCCAAGCCGGGGCGCAGGGAUCUCUCUACACCCCGCGCUUGGCGCCCCAUCUCCCUUUUGUCCUGUCUCGGCAAGGGCCUCGAGCGGCUCAUCGCACGGCGUCUAGCGUGGGCCUCGGUCCAUUUCGGCGUACUACACCCACAACAAGCCGGCGCGCUCCCGAAGAGAUCGGCCGUGGAUCUCGUUGCUGCCUUGAUUCAUGACAUCGAGGAGGCAUUUGCCUGCAAGCAGGUUGCAACAUUGGUGACUUUGGACAUUCAGGGCGCCUUCGACACAGUCCUCCGCAACAGAUUGAUCCUUCGCCUACGGGAGCAAGGGUGGCCACCGAACCUCGCGCGAUGGGUCGGCUCGUUUAUGCAAGACAGGUCGGCACGCAUCCGCUAUCAAGAUAUCGCAACGAAUUCAUCGCCUCUCCAGUGCGGGCUGCCACAGGGAUCGCCAGUCUCGCCGAUCCUCUUCCUACUGUAUACGGAACCAAUCUACCGCUUGGGCAGCUCAAAAGGGCGUUUCGGCUAUGCGGACGACACUGCCAUCCUUUGCGUCGGCGAUAGCCUGGAUGAGACGUCCGCCGAAGCAUCUCAUCAUGUGCGUGAGCUUGUAUCGUGGGGCGCCGCCAACGGGAUCUCCUUCGACCCUGAGAAGACAGAAGUGAUGCACUUCUCUCGAACGACGCCCAAGACGGCGCCGCCAGUGCUCCAUGGCGAAUUUGAGAAACGGCCGGGCCGGGCGAUGCGUUGGCUCGGCGUCUGGCUCGACAGCACUCUGUCUUUCAAGACUCAUGUCGAGAAAUGGACGGCCAAAGCGCAAGCAGUCGCCUUCCAUCUCAGGAGACUGACAAACACCAGGCAUGGUCCUCUACCGAGCGCUGUGCGACGAGCGGUCUGCGCUUGCGUCAUUCCAGUGCUGCUCUACGCGGCGGAGGUCUGGUAUCCUGGUUCUACGCGCCCGCGCUGGACCAAGCCGGGCAAGGAAGGACCGUCCAGGAUCGGACACCUCGUAAAGAAGAUGAGCAAGGCACUCUACACAUCUCUUCGGGCUAUCCUGCCAGUGUGGAGAACUACACCAACGAAUGUUCUGCACCGGGAGGCAGGGAUACCGCCGGUCCCUCUGCUGCUCGAGGCGCGCCGGACUGCAUUUGCUGCGCGUCUCAAAUCCCUGGACGAAGCUCAUCCGCUGCGGCGCUCCGACGAAUUGCUACCAAGCUGCCCAAGGCCUGCCUUGCUGCAGCGCGGAUUUGUCGAAGAGCAGACUGCGCCUCUGCAGAGUGCAUCGAAAAAUGAGACGGCGAAGAAAUUUCGCGAUUGGCUCCAGGCACUAUCGCCCCGAACUCUGGUCGUCUAUUCCGACGGGUCCCGUUCUGCCGAAGGCCACGCCGGAUAUGGCUAUGUUGUUCAUCGGGACGGAUCCACCGUCUUGCGCGACAAGGGCCGUCUCGGGCCCGCCGAGGUUUUCGACGCUGAGGCGAAAGGUGCGUUGGAGGGGUUGAAGGCUGCGGUGAGCCUUCCAGAAACUGACCGCAUCUUUGUCUGCCUCGACAACCUCGCGACCGCAACAUGCUUACGGGGCACGCCGAGCGACUCCUCGCAAGAGGUCUUCCUUGAGUUUCAAUCUUUGGCGCGAAAAUACGGAGCUGUGGAGGUCCAUUGGAUCCCCGGCCAUGCUGACAUCCCAGAACCCGCUGAUAACGUCCCGACGCUAGCGCACCUGCGAAAGAUUGCCCGACAGCAGCCGGAAGAGGCUUUCAAGGCCUGGUGGGAAGCCUCUGCGCCGGAGCGAUACAGAGACCUGAGGCUUAAAGCCACAACCAGCUGUCCGUCAGAAUUGGCGCUCUCGGCCCCUGCUUCAUAA